UGUAUUUUUAUGUAAUUAGAAGAAUGUCUCAUUCUCGAUAAUUUUGUCAAAUAGAUAAGAGACCACGGAUGUACCUUCCGUCAAUUAGUUCAGUUGUUGUCAGUGCUAAACACAAGCUCAGAAUCCAGCUAAGCAGUAGAACACUACAGUCGCUGCUUUUGUAAGGCUCGAAAAUGACAUGAAGCUGUGUUGUGCGCGGCUUAUUGAGUGAGAGGAAUGUGUCUACGAGUGAACUACAAAUUGCUUAAUAGCUAAUAGACGUAAAAUUACUGUUAUGCUUCUGUGAGUUAUUCACGAUGCCUCUGUAUUUGAUGAUACUGCCGUAUCUUCUAGGCUUAUUAGGGACAUCUUCGGCUCGUGAUGUCAAAGGAUCGACAUAUUGCGAGUUUUAUAAUGAGACAACAUGCACAGACCCCCAACAGGCCUGUUCAAGGCGAGAGGAAUGUGGUCCACACGAUUCUGACAAACGUAAUCAUUGUUAUGUCCUUUGGGAACGAAAUAAUGUUACUGGGCAGACAGCCAUCAAAUUAAAGGGAUGCUUUCUGGACAGCAAGGAAUGUUACGACAAGCCACAAUGCAUUGAAAAAAGUGCAGAACGAAAGAACUUAUUCUUUUGCUGUUGUGAUGGAAAUAUGUGUAACCAAAAUUAUACAUGGGAUCCUACACAACCCCCUCCACCAAACACCGAUAUCAUAGAUAAACGGCCUCAACCGGUUCCAGAUACGGACCAGCAGGUGAUAACGAUCCUUAUGUGGGUUUGCAUUCCCAUGUUGUUACCCGCUUUUCUUUUACUAAGCUUGUACUGGUUUUAUCGGAAACGUAAAUUGGCCUAUUUUAAUGAGGUACCAACCUUGGAACCACUGCCAUUGCCACAACCUUCACCAAAUCUGGGCCUACGACCGAUUCAACUUUUGGAAAUUAAGGCUCGAGGUCGUUUUGGUGCUGUAUGGAAAGCACAACUCAAAAAUGACGUGGUUGCUGUCAAAGUUUUUCCGAUUCAAGAUAAACAGUCCUGGCAGUCGGAACAAGAAAUAUUUAAGUUAGCACAUAUGGAUCAUGAAGACAUAUUGCGCUACAUUGGAGUUGAGAAGCGUGGAGACAAUCUCCAGGCAGAAUUUUGGUUGAUAACGGCAUACCAUGAAAGAGGUUCCUUAUGUGACUACCUCAAGGCUAACGUGGUCACAUGGCCCGAAAUGUGCAAAAUUGCUGAAUCAAUGGCAAGGGGCUUGAUGCAUCUGCACGAGGAAAUACCAGCCAAUAAAGCUGACGGAUACAAGCCAGCAGUUGCGCAUCGCGAUUUCAAAUCGAAAAACGUUCUCCUGAAAGCUGACAUGAGUGCUUGUAUAGCCGACUUUGGCUUAGCAUUAAUUUUUCAUCCAGGGAAACCAUGUGGUGACACCCACGGACAGGUUGGUACUAGACGAUACAUGGCACCAGAGGUAUUGGAAGGCGCAAUCAACUUUACUCGAGAUUCCUUUCUACGGAUUGAUAUGUACGCUUGUGGAUUGGUGCUAUGGGAGUUGGCAUCACGAUGCACCACUCAAGAUGGUCCCAUUGGAGACUACAGACUUCCAUUUGAAGAAGAAGUUGGUCUUCAUCCAACAUUAGAAGACAUGCAAGAAAGUGUCGUUGUCAAAAGAGAACGCCCUCUUAUAUUAGAGACAUGGCGGAAGCAUCCGGGCCUUUUGGCACUUUGCGAUACAAUGGAAGAGUGCUGGGAUCACGACGCGGAAGCUCGUCUCUCUGCAUCAUGCGUAAUGGAACGAGUUGUUACUUUAGGCAAAACGUUGCAUCUGAAUUCAUCGACGGUGAUACGCAUGAACCACAACAACGAGGCUCUUACUACCAAGGAGUCUAGUAUGUAGUUAGUUUGGUACCAGAAUUAUACCGGGCUUCUAAAAGGUGAUUGGUAAUUUCGCUUUGGAUUCAUAGGAAACUUCCGGAAAUGAGAAAAUCAAAUGUCAUGUCGAAGAAACUACGAAUCGCGUUUUCGGCGUACAGAAGAUCUCCUUUAGAGGAGAACUACUGGUACCGUGCAUAUUCAACUGAUUCUACUAGAGAUUACAAUGCAAGACACGCAUGUUUGAGGGAUAUUCUUCGCUCACGCAAAAUAUAGUCGUGGUGUUGUAAUGACAAAAUCAUUCAUUGUUAAUCAACCCAGUAAUUGAUUGAUUCUUCUCUGUCUCCUGGUUUACGAGCUGUUAUUUAUACUUUCAUUGUAAAAUAAUAUUUAUUCACCUUACCAUUUUUUAUGAAACUCAGAACUGUACAUCAGGAUAAAUGGAUCCUUCGAUCUAUGACUGUACAUCCAUGAUAAUUAUCUGUGAUUCAUCCUUGCCCCACAUUAACGUGAAAACAAGUAACACAAAUCGAGCUACAUAUUGGAAUAUUUUAACCCAUGGAAUGCGGGCCAUAGCAUAAGCUAAUUGUGAAGCUUUUGUGCGAUUAAGAGUGCUUGAGUUCCAUUAAAUCAUUUACUCUUUCUACUUCGGCAAUUUUUGUGCGGGUUUGAAACAUGAUGCGCUGGUCAGCUAUGUAACGUGGUGUACUUCAAUUCUGUUGAAAUGCUUUCACCUCAUUAUAAUUUUGUAUGAACAAAUUAUCGGCAGUCUUGCAAAUCUUCGUGAUAGUUCAUCACAACGCAUAUGUGUGCUGACGAAAAAUGUGACCGAUUUUACUGAAAUACGGAGUGAACAAAGCAGUUUAUCUUCAUUCCUACCUUUCAUUAAUCUCUUUUUCAUCAGGGAUAUUGCAGAGAUUCAUGAAUUACUGACAGCUUUUUAACAGUAGUUGCAGAAGUGAUAAAAGGAACUUAGACAUUUAACAUCUGUCUAUUCGCUUAUCAAUGCAUGUUCAUUGUUGUAAUCAAGUUACAUUUCACUGACUCUUUUCGAGCAUCCCAUACACACCUAGAGUCGGGUAUAUUUCACCUUGUCUCAACAUUGUUACUAGUUCAAUGCUAUUAUACAUGUUGAAUAUCUUAUAUUUGUACACAGUUGUAGUACUCCAACUCUAACAUUAGUGAGCAGUACGGCUCAUCGAUGUUGGGUUAUUUGUUGAUGACCUGUAUAAAGUGGAUAAGAGAAUAUUUUGUAAUAUACGAUAGUGGAUCCCUUUUUUAGGCCUGAAAAAGAUUUCGUGAAACCGCUGAAAAAUGUUUAAGGAGGUCAGAGACUCAUUUGUCUGAUUGUCAUCAGCAUUUCACCAACUAUUCCUUCUUCAGAAUCCUACCGGUAUGUAAUAUCUGCUGCUGUUUACCGAUGGUACAUUUAUGGCAACUACACAUAGGUAUAUAGAUUUAAGUUACAUUUUAAGAAUUGAUUUUGUAAUCAGACUUAUCAGAAAUCUCAAGUAUAUCUAUUGGUAUGUGUAGGCUGUAUCAUAACAGAGACUUUGGUCAGAGAACAUCUGUACCUCAUUGCAUAUAGGCUAUUGUAAAUAUGACUAAUCGUAAGAUAAUUAGGCAGCUAGGUAUAAGCAUGUAAUGAACGAGUAAUUUGAAUUAGAUUUUAAAGUGUUACACACUGAAAAAAUGGCAUGUUCCUAUGUCUUACAGGCUAGCUUCAGGGGUUCGCUAGUUUUUUUUCUUUUUUUUUUACAUCCCUAGUUUACAUACAUAUAAUAUAAUUUGAAUGUGGGAUCGUGAACUUUUGCAUUCUUUCUUCGCAUUUUGCAUAAUAAGGAGUGAAAGACAUACUGGAACUCAUGAUAAAUAAAAAAGAAGGUAAUAAAACUUGUUGCAAUAAAUUUUAGAUGCUGAUUUUUCUAGUAUAUUUGACACAAAGCGAACAAUUCUGUUUCACACGGAUGUUCUUCAUAAACUCUUCUUAAAACAUGUGCCGUUUUAGUCUUAUCUCAUUCCCAAACGCUGUUCAAUCCAUUAUUUUAGUAUGUGUAUACUAUAUCAAUAAAAUCAUUGAGAUAGGGUAUGGAUAAAAAUCUGCAAAAUUUAUGAAUUACUAUCAAUAAGCAGUAGGACCUAGAUUGUACAUCUCGUCUGUAAAAUGAAUACUAUAUUAUAAGAUCAUUCUGUUUGAGAGGAUCGUAAACUAUAAAUGUUAUAAUUUUGAUUCUGUAAAAAUUUACAUACUUACAUGGUUUAAUAUUUACGUAUUGAAGUAAUAAAAAUAUCAAGACAGAUGACAAA